ACAGUGUCGGAGCGCACCGAGGCUGGCUGCUCUCUCUAUAUACUGUAUACCUCCGCGUCUGUGUGUGCGUACGACAGGCAGGGGCCAGUGUCACUGCCAUGGAAGAGGCUCCACAUCAGCGGGUCUCUACGUUUUUAUAACACUCUCACUCUUCUCCUGAGUGGAUUCUUCUUUUUCUUUCUUUUCUAAACGGACGCGGUUGCCCGGAUGGGAGCGGAUGCGGAGCGCAGCAGCAGCGGCCGCCACCGGUGCGUCUCCAACUUGACCACCACCAGACAAUGGGAGUAGCUGAGCCGUGCUGCCUCAGCGCCAAGAAGUACUACUACUACUACUACUACUACAACUACUCGCCCUUGGGAGACACUUACGAGGAAAAGAAGAGAGCGAAGCAGCAGCAGCAGCAGCAGGAGGAGGAGGUAAAGAAGAAGAAGGAGAGGGAGAAGAGGAAAAGGAGGCAGACUUGUUCUACCUGCAGACCUCUCCUCUCCUCUCUGAGCUGCAGCAGCAGCAGCAGCAGCAGCAGCGUUACGCACGGAUCCUCCAGAGCGACGCACCGGCUGCCUCUUCUGGGAUGCAUGUGAGAGAAAAGCUGCAAAUCUGAGAGAACAGAACAAGCACUCCUCUGGUGGAAUUUGGGAAUAUAUAUAUAUAUGACACAUGCACAGUUUGCCACAGACCCUCUGGAGACAGUGAGACACUGCAGCCCUGUGCAUUCUUCUUUUUUUCUCUCCACCACUGAUGGAAUAUGUCUUAUUUCCUCUUUACGCGCUGUGGAUCGCACAGACUGGACUUAAGAGUAAUUGGGUGUAAUUGGGUGUCAAUUAGCAGCAGCCUGUGAGAGGAUAACCCCCAACCACCCCCCUGUUCCUCCUCCUCAUCCUCCUCUUCCUCUUCUGUUCCCCCUUGAGCCAAAAACCUCCCAGCAGACCCGCCGGUGUCGCUGCCUGCCUCUGUCCGUGGUCCUGAACACAUUUUCGGGCUGGAUUUUGUGGAUUUUUCCGCCGUCAAGCAUGAUUUCAUGGCCGGUGAGGUCAUGAGCAUCCCGGUACCUCGGUAGCUCGGUACCGGAGACUCCGGGAUCGGAAACACACACGCGUGCAAAAAAAGCGGACCAUUUUUGGGCUCACCUUGGAGGUCAUAAACCAUCACCAUAAACCCCCCUCCCCUCUCCUCCUCUUCCUCCUCCUUUUCCACCACUAAAGGAUUUUUUUUUUUUUUUCUGGAGGGGAAUUCAUCCUCUCAAGAGUGUGACCCCCCCUCCCACCUCCCAACCACCUUUACCCCCCCCCCCACCCCACCUAACACCACCACCCACCCCCCUCCAAACAAAAUGAGACUGGCCAAAAUGUGCCGACUAAACGCGCUGGGGAUCUAUUUGUGGGAAACGGUAGUGUUUUUCAGCCUGGCAGCAUCGAAAGAAGCUGCGGCGAGGAAAGCUGCCUCCCCGAUGCCGCCCUCUGAGUUCCUGGACAAACUCAUGGGCAAAGUCUCGGGUUACGAUGCCAGAAUUCGACCGAAUUUUAAAGUGGUCGUCAAAGACCCCAAAGGCUCCAAAAAUGAAGCUACUCACAAGAAAGGUCCGCCGGUAAACGUAACCUGCAACAUUUUUAUCAACAGUUUUGGGUCCAUCGCUGAGACAACAAUGGACUACAGAGUGAACAUCUUCUUGAGACAGCAGUGGAACGACCCUCGGCUGGCCUACAGUGAGUACCCCGACGACUCGCUGGACCUCGACCCCUCUAUGUUGGACUCCAUCUGGAAACCUGACUUGUUCUUCGCCAACGAGAAGGGGGCCAACUUCCACGAGGUCACCACCGACAACAAGCUGCUGCGCAUCUCUAAAAACGGCAACGUGCUCUACAGCAUACGAAUAACACUGAUCCUGGCCUGUCCCAUGGAUCUGAAGAACUUCCCGAUGGACGUCCAGACCUGCAUCAUGCAGCUGGAGAGCUUCGGCUACACCAUGAACGACCUCAUAUUCGAGUGGGAUCAGAAGGGAGCCGUGCAGGUGGCUGACGGCCUGACGCUACCUCAGUUCCUACUCAAAGAGGAGAAGGACCUGCGCUACUGCACCAAGCACUACAACACAGGUAAAUUCACCUGUAUCGAGGCUCGUUUCCACCUGGAGCGUCAGAUGGGCUACUACCUGAUCCAGAUGUACAUCCCCUCGCUGCUCAUCGUCAUCCUGUCCUGGGUUUCCUUCUGGAUCAACAUGGACGCCGCGCCCGCCCGUGUGGGUCUGGGCAUCACCACCGUGCUGACCAUGACCACGCAGAGCUCUGGUUCCAGAGCCUCGCUGCCCAAGGUGUCCUACGUAAAAGCCAUCGAUAUCUGGAUGGCCGUGUGUCUGCUGUUUGUGUUCUCGGCCCUGCUGGAGUACGCCGCCGUCAACUUCAUCGCCCGCCAACACAAGGAGCUGCUGCGCUUCAGACGGAGGCGACGACACAUGAAGCCUGAGUCUUGGCCUGUGUUGCAGGAGGAUGAGACAGGCGAGGGGCGCUUCAGCUUCCCCGGCUACGGCAUGGGCCCCGCCUGCCUGCAGGCCAAAGACGGCAUGGCCAUCAAGGGCAACAACAACAACGCCCCGGCCUCCUCCGGCCCGCCCGAGAAGACCAUCGAGGAGAUGAAGAAGCUGUUCAUCGGCCGGGCCAAACGCAUCGACACGGUAUCCCGCGUGGCCUUCCCGCUCGUCUUCCUCAUUUUUAACAUUUUCUACUGGAUCACUUACAAGAUCAUCCGCAGCGAGGACGUCCACAAGCAGUAGUCGAGAGGCGGAGGAGGAGGAGGAAGAGGAGGAGGAGGGCGAGAACAGUGCGAAGAGGAGAAUGCAGAGAAACAAAAAGAGAGAAGAAAACAGAGAGAGGUGACUUCAAUAGGAGAUAUCAUUGCCCCCUUUUUCACGCCAACCACGCCUCCUUUCCUCAUCCUCUUCCUUCAUCCUCUUCCUCUUCUGGUCGAGGAUAAGUCGCGUCCCUCAACCCUACCUGACACCUACUAGACAUUAUUUGAGAUAUCUAUUGCUUUCUUUUCCCUUUAUCCUCCUCUCCAGCCCCGAAUCCCAGCUCAUCCCGGCUCUUCACACCUCCUGAAUAAUCCGGACCAGUGCAAUAGCAAUGCAGUAAAAUGCAUGAUAUAUGAAUGUGGCAAUAUAUUAAAGAAAAGAUGAAAAAUGAAACACAGACUUUUUGCAGGCACGCCCAACGAACUGUAUGGGAGUGGACGGACUGGAAAGAAGGAAGACGAGAGUCUUGUAAAGGGUGUUGUAUUUGAUUUUAGGGUUUUCUUUUUUGUGUGGAGACAAGAUAUAUAAUUCUAUAUGAAAAAGUGAUGUUGGGACGGGGUAGGGGAUGUGCGAGAAGCAUACAGCAGUGUAAUAUACUCAUAUAUCUAUCAUAUAUGGGAAAAAAAAGAACUUUAUUUGAAAGGCGGGCAUCUGGAAAUGAGGGAUUUUUCACCCCAAAAAAAGGACGGAAGGAAGGCGGAUCGGUGCUUCCAUUAAAUAAAGCGAUGCAAGGAUUCACGCAUUCUAUAUAUCUAGAUUUGCUUCAAACGUGUAUUGCAAGCACUCCUCAACGCUUUUCCUCCCCGCCCCCCCGCCGCCAACACCACGAAACCUCAAACUGCAGAGACACUUGAGGUUCGCUGCUGCCACUGUCAAUCAUACGACUGGACAAAAAGAACAAAAAAAAAAAAAAAAACACUGUACGAGCAGUGCUGAAUAUUUUGAGAAUCUCAUUUAUCUGUGGUCAACGUGUUCCUCUACCUGUCCUUCAUUUAUUUCAUAUUGCAUUUGUUGUUUGUUUUGGUUUGUAUCUUGAUUUAUGUGCCAAGAAAACAUGUCGCUUGUGGCUGCGCGGCGCUCUGCAGCUCCGACCUUUUUGUCAAGAGGAAGGCGGAUGGUUUGACGUCAGUAGCGAGUGGCGUCUCCUCACGGGCUUCUUCAGGGUGUUUUUUUUAAUCCCUGAGACAUUAGUUUGUUUUCAUCGACUGGACUGAGUAAAAUACAGAUCCUUGUUUGCUGUCCUUGUUGUGUUCAUCGGGACUGAACCACAGAUAUGUUUACAUCUUAGUAGUGCUUCCUUGCUUUGACCCCGCCUUAAUGUGACGCCCCGCCCUUCCCCAGCUGAGAGGACAUAUGUAGUAAAUUAUACUGAUUAUAGCACCUGUUAUACCUUAAUUAACUGUAUUUCCAUCUCAUUCACCAACUGUAGCUGUCAUCAUUUUGUGGAAAAGCUACAUCAUCAUGCUCACGGAGUAUAAAAACAGGAUUUAUUUUGCCACAGCCACGUUGGACGGGAUUUGAUCAUUCUGCAGGUCACUGAUGAUUUAUCAGAUUACUUUUUCUCUCUUUUACUUUGCGCCAGGCUUCUCUAUGCAAUAAUCAGUAUAUGCAAUUAUUAGUUUUCCUUCCUUUCAGCAACGCCAUGUUAAAAAUGUCAGCUUUUUGUGAGUUGUUUUCUGGCUCAUCCAAACCCCAUUCUAACUGCUAAACAGUGUUUCAAGCGUAUUGGUAAAUAAGGAAGGAACGGAGGUUAUAAAGUGAUAAAAACACGGUGAUGAAGUGGCAAACUGUCUUUAGGGAGUUUCGCCACAAUGCAUGCAGAUUACUGUUUGGAAAAAGAUUUUGUAGUAACAGAUUGAGCCAAACCUCUGAGCCGGUCUGGAAAGAAAGUGCGGGAAUUCCAGUGGAUGAAAAGUCUUUUUUUCUGCACAAACGGUUGUUUCAUAAUUUUCCUCGUUGAUGUCGUCACGUCUGCAUCAUUUAUUCAAAAAAAUUGACAGAAAUUUACAGAAAAGUUUUAAUGCGAGAGGGGUGAAAGAUACAUUUUCCAAUUUUGUAGCAAAGCAAGACAAAACUUAAAAUGAACAAUUCAUACUCAUACUCAUACUUAUUGCAAAUUUGUCUUUUGAAUUUCAGCAUUCAAUUUGUUCAUUUAAGAAGUGUGUUCAACUAGGCUUAUAGAGCUCAACAUUGAACGUCCACUUUUCAAACGGCUCUGGCUUCGGAAGUGAAUUUGACAUUCUUUCACGGUAUUGACCUCAUCCUUAAAUAAAGAGUUUUAAGCAUUGAACCAAGCCAACCAGCUACGAGAUGAAUCAUGACUGUAAAACAUUUAAUUCAGGGCACAAAAACUCUGGAAAUUGGAAAUUGGAAAAAAAAACACAUGCUUUUUAUUGUGAAUAGCGACUCUCCGCCUCUGGAAACUCCCAAAAAAUGUUUAAACUAACCAUUAUUGAUCUAAAAUGUAGACAAAUUCCGCAACUGCACGCCUUAUUUGUUUAUUUCUUGUUUAUUUUUUGUUUAUUUGCCUCAAAAGUUUUCAGAAACACAUUUCGGUGAACUAUUUUCAUAUUAUAAAAGAAAGUUUCCAAACGAG